AUGUCCGUCUGCUCCGAUCAUGACCCCGCUCAUCACUCCCUCCAACAGAUCGCGAUCCACGUCAUCGCAGGCAUUCUGAGCUCCAGUGUGGGUGCGAUGACACAGUUCAUAACCGCUACGGACAAACGUCCUAACUCGCUCAAGACUCUUUACAAGAACGUCAUGCGGGCCCGGCUGACAAUCACUCCGACCGCCUCCCCCGGCCUGAAAUUCGCGAUUCACGAUUAUGUCCGUGCCGACCUCGCCGGCCGCCGUGGUUGCCGCAUCAACGAACUCACCGGCCUCGAAGGCGCGCUCUGCGGAUUCGUAUCUGGUGUUGGACACAUCGUUGGUUCGAUGGGAUUGCACACCGUCAUGUUCAAGAAGGGGUGGAACACACCCCAGUUUAGGCGGGGUACGGCUAGGGAACUCGCAUUCUCGAGUGUUUACUUCCCGUUGUUCGUGGGUAUGAGGAACGCUAAUACCUCACCCGACGCCAAACCAACGCUUUGGUCAACGGUAUGGACGGGAACGAUGGCGGGUGCGAUUACAGCUGUUGUUGUUUCGCCGAUUGAUCUUGCGAUUGCGAGACUUGGACAACAACCCUUGCAAUCUCAGUACAACCGAAAGGCGAUCGGUGUUCCGAAGAUGAAUACGGGGAUUUAUAGGCUCAUUCCGCAUAAGGGCGUGGUUACGUGGUUUACCGCUAGGGCGCUGAUUGGAGGUCAGCUCUUCGGAGCGACUUGUCUGUUCUAUGAGGGGUUGACGCGCGUGUGGGAGAUUGUAUGA